AUGGGCGCCAAUCGGAGGAGGAGAAACAAACAACAAUCCAUCGCGCGAACAAUUGUAGAGGAUUGGUUGGUUGAAGAUGAAUGGCAGGCAGCUGAACGAACAAAGCAAAUAUUGAAAGCAGAGCACGCGGCGCGUCGCAAGGCCGAGGUGGAUGCACAAAACGCCCGAGCUGAAUUGUGCCGUCUAAAAGAACGGUUGUCAGCGUCUUUGGCGGCCCAAUGGUUUUGGGAAGGCGAUGACACGGCGUGGCAUCCUUUCCACACUAGCGCCAAUAGCCUUCUGGAGGAAGCGUUCGCAUUGGCUCCUGCUCCGAGCACCCUGGAGCUGCGUUCCGGCAACUACACGUACAGGGUGUGUUUGGCCGAGAUGACCCAGGAAAAUACAUCCACUGGGAAGGUCCGGAAGAUCAUGCGCGAAGAUUGGGGCCAGGCUGCGGCACCCACCGAGCCUGUGGGCAUCGUGGCGAGCAUCGAGCGUGCUAUCGAUAGACGUGUGGAGGAGAUGCAGGCAGCUCGAUCAGAACGAGACCAGCUUGCCCACGAGCUUCAGCAACAAAGAAGGGACAACAUGAAAUACAAGAACAGGGCUCGCUUUGCGGAGGCCAAGUUAAAGACCGAGGAGGUGUUGCGCACGAAGGCCGAGAGAGAUCGAUCGCUUGCGGAGGACAAGUUGAAGGCCGAGGAAGAAUUGCGCAAGAAAGCGGAAAAGGAUGGGUCGCUUGCAAUUAUGUUUGCGGAGAACAAGUUGAAGGCCGAGGCAGUGUUGCGUGUUAAUGCGGAAGCACGCGUGUUCUCCUACCAGGAAGAGGCCGAAGGAACGGCCGAGCGAUUGUUAGAAGCAGAGGCUGAAAUAGCAAUUCUUCAGAGGGCAGCGGGCAGUGUGGCCGCGGAGCGGAGGCUUGUAAUUGAGUUCUGGCGAGUUCCGAUUGUUGGCGUGCCAACGUACAUAUCAUUACCCGAAGAGGAAAUGCACGACAAGACCCGUCAAAUAUUGUUGGAAUUAUCCCACCAGCAGGAGCUGUUCAUGCGACGACCGAGCACAUGUUGGCCGUUCCAGAAGUUACAAAUUACGUCCGUUCGCAGCGUGCACAAUCCGUAUUUGUGGAACCAGUACGUUUCAUCCAAAACAGAGAUGCGAGAGAAGUACAAACAUUUUGGGCUCGUUUGCCAGACUUUGCCACAGCCGCAAACUGGGCUAAACUCCUUACUGCCAAGUAAUUUUAGUGCGGAUGCAGAUUUGAACGAAGUGAUCGAACGCGCCCACGGCGAAUUACCGCCGCCCCCUGCCGUCCGGAAACGCCUCAGUGGCAUAACGUCAAUCAGAGGCACGACCAUGUUUGUGGAUUGA